AUGAGAGUCACUGCAGCCGUCCUACUGGUCCUCUGUCUCCUGGCCGUCAGUCAUGCAUGGGACUGUCAGGAGGUAGUAAACAUCAAGAAUCUGAUGCAGAUCGAUGCAGGACUGGGGCAAGUGGUUGCUACGGACACAAGUCAAGUCCCCUACUACCUUGUAGGUGAUACAUGGAUCCGCCUGCCUGGUUCCCUGAAGCAUAUCACUGUAGGACCAGCAGGGAUCUGGGGUGUCAACAAGGCAGACUCAAUCUACAAGUAUGUGGCCGGUAACUGGGUGCAAGCUGCCGGCCUUCUGAAACAGUUGGAUGCUGGAGGUGAACAGUUUAUUGUGGGGGCUAACAUGGACGAUACUCCAUUCUGUCUGACACGUAGUGCCACAGUUGGCUACAAGGGUCCAGGCUCACCCCUUCCAUGGACAGGAUUGCCAGGAGCUGUGAAGUACUACAGUUGUGGACCCUUUGGGUGCUGGGCAGUCAACAAGAAUGAUGAUAUCUUCUUAAUGAGUCUGAAUCAAGACUGCCAAAACAACGGGUGGAGUCACAUUGAAGGCAAGCUUUCCAUGAUUGAGGUGGCAACUGAUGGUAGUGUCUUUGGGGUCAACUCUGCGGGUAGUGUUUUUACCAGAGACGGCAUCACAGCCAGUAAACCAGAGGGCACCGGAUGGAGCAAUAUCCCAAUGUGUAUGCGCAUGGGCCACGUGACCUACGACCUGGGCCGUCUUUGGGUCGUCUCCAAGUCUGGCGUCACCAUGGUGUGCACACCUUAGCCUCUCCUCUGCAUCUGAAGGCCGUUCGGGAUCUGUCUAACGUUUACUUGCUAACUCAUUGAUCUCUCUUUCUGGAAAUUUCAACAUUAGUUAAUAAAAAUCCUUAAUUUUAAAACCUAUUGCUCUACCUAUUAUUUUCAAUUCUUCAAUGAUCUUAUUGACAUAAAAAAAAAAAUGUAUUUGAUAUUUUCUUGAUCACUCUUUGAUUAACACUUCAAUAGAUCUUUGCCAUGGCUGCUAUUUAACUGUAGUGUAAACUUGGGCACGGUCAUGUUGCUCACAAUCCACAUGGGUUUUGCUGUGCUUCAGAGGUCAUCAAUAGGGUUGGAUGGAAUCCUUGUCAUUGUUUAUUAUCUCAUUAUAUAAUAAUUUCUUGCAAAAAUAAAGCAUUCCUUUUGAAACUAUUGUAA